CUGUUACAGAAAUCUUAAAGGAAGUCCAGCGAGGUGCAGCCAGAGCUAAGGAAGUAGGAGCUCUUGGGUGGCAGAAGUGUCCAAUACCGGUCACAAAUAAGACUUUCCUGCGCAACACCUUGGUCAGCACACUCCGAGAACCAUAUAGACCACCAGGAAAGCGGGGACGAUUUCACGUAGGGUUGAGGUCAGAUGAGGAUGGCGGAAAGCACCACAGAUCGAGAGAUGAUGACCGCACUAGUAGUAGCAGAUCAUCCAG